CAAAGAACAUGGUGGCUGCCUCAGAAUCUACGACAAGUCACGCCAUCAACAACCAUAAGUUAGCCGGGAAAGUAGCCAUCGUGACCGGCGGAGCUAGUGGUAUUGGAGAAGCGACGGCGCGCCUGUUUGCCAAUGAAGCUGCACGUAUGGUGGUGAUCGCCGACAUUCAAGACGAGCUGGGCAACCAGGUGGCGGCGUCCAUCGGAACUGACCGGUGCAGCUACGUCCACUGUGACGUGGCCGACGAGGAUCAAGUCAAACAGCUCGUGGAGUCAACGGUCAACAUUUAUGGACACCUCGACAUCAUGUUCAGCAACGCUGGUGUAGCCAGCUCCUCCGAGCAGACGAUCCUUGACCUCAACUUCUCCGGAAUGGACGGUUUAUUUGCGACCAACAUCCGCGGGAUGACGGCGUGUGUAAAGAACGCGGCUCGUGCCAUGGUGGAGAAGCAAGUGAGAGGGAGCAUAGUGUGCACGGCAAGUGUGGCUGGUAGCUACGGAUUUCCGAUUGCAACAGACUACUGCAUGUCCAAGCAUGCAGUGGUGGGGCUGAUGAGGGCGGCGAGUGUGCAGCUGGCGGCGCGUGGGAUAAGGGUGAACAGCGUGUCACCCACGGCGUUAGUGACGCCAUUGUUGUGUAAGGCGGCGGGAAUGAGUUCAGCACAGGCUAGAGAGUUCUGUCGAAAAUGCGCGAGGUUGGAAGGCGUGGAGCUCACGGCGGAACUGGUGGCAAAGGCGGUGCUGUUCCUGGCUUCGAACGACUCGGAGUUUAUAACGGGUCAUGAUCUGAAGGUGGACGGAAGCCAGACGAGUUUCUGA